AUGGCAUAUAGUAUUAAAUACCUAUCAUUACAAAAAUCAGAAUUGGUGUACGAAGUGGAACUCCGUGGUGGUACUGGUGAAUCAGUUCAAGAAUUGAGAAAGCAAAUUUUUAAACUGUCUCAACUUUUGCCCUCAGAGGAUAUCUUAGAGUCUCAUUUAGAUCCUACAGAUGACCUGAAGGAAGUAAAGGAGUCACUUAUAAAAUCGCAAAGUAAUUUAACUAGUCUUAAAAAUAAACUAGAUAAAAACUUAUUUAAUAGAACUGAAACUUUAUUACAUCAUAUUUAUCACCGUCUUAACAGAAUUGUACCUUCUACCGAACUUACCGACAUACACAAAACCUGUAUUUCUAGCUUUAAUUCUCAAUUCAAGGAACUAUCAAAUAUUAAAUCUCAUACUACUCCAACUAAUAGUUCGGCUUCAGCCCCUGAUAAUACUACGGACACUCCCACCAUAUCUGUCACUUGUGAACGUAAUCUAUCUACAGAUCUAAAUAAACUUAAAUAUUCAGGGAAAACCUGUGUUCAUUCCUUUAUACAAAGAGUAGAAGAAUAUGUGCAAUCUAGGGGUAUUACCUUUGAUAAAAUACUAACUUUAGCCUAUGAAAUAUUUGUCGAUGACGCACUACAUUGGUAUCGUUAUAAUAAAGACCGAGUAAACUCAUGGAAUGACCUCUGUGCAUUACUUAGAGAAGAUUUUAGUAGUUCUGACUAUGACUAUAGACUCGCUGCUGAAAUUCGAUCGCGUACACAGGGAGAACACGAAAACAUUACAAUAUAUCUGUCUAUUAUGCAUGGCAUGUUUUCUCGUCUCAGCAAACCUAUGAAUAAUGAAGAUAAACUCGAUAUAUUAAUGCACAAUAUCCGCCCCUGCUACGCAAAUACUCUAGCAGCAUCUCCUAAUAUUAAAUCUAUGGAUGAAUUAAAAUCGGUCUGCCGUAAUUACGAGACUGUUAAUUCUAGAUUUUUGCAAUUUCAUGAGCCACCUAGGGUAACUAGUAGUACACUCGCCCCUGAAUUUGCUUAUAAAUAUAAAUCUGAACAAACUAAAUACAAUUAUAAUAAACAAUUUAAUCAAAACGCUACCUAUAAUUACCAAAAUAAAACAAACCUUACUAAUGCUAAUUUCAAUCAAUCAAAUAGUUAUAAAAAUCAAAAUUUUAACGUGAGCGCUAUAUAUACAAAUGAUCAAUCUAGACAGGUGUUCUGCCCUAGAUGUAGAUCUAACAGUCACUCUUUAAGCAGCUGCAGUGAGGAGCGGUUCCCUAUCUGCUUUAAAUGUGGUAAAAAGGACGUGCGCUACCCGGAAUGUCCUGAUUGCAAUACCACUCACAAACAGGAACCGGCAAAAAACUAAAUAAAUUCGAUUGGAGUGGCCGAGUUCAGGAAUGGAAGGAUUGGUUAAAAUUUGUUAAAAAUUUUUUCACCUUUAAUUCGGUUGCUUCAGUCGAUAAUAAUAAAAAUAUCCUCGAUAGAACUCGACCAUACGUUAAAAUUAAUGUAUUAGAUAAGUUAAUA